GCCUAUUGGCCUCCGUCUGAAGGUGGGCGUGGAAAUCAGCAACAAGGAACGUGAGAGAUUUCCGGGUGAACAAACAUGGCGGCUCCUAAGUUGUGGCGGCGCCUUGGGGCUGUGUCUGGGGCUCUCGCGGUGACAGCGGGCGCUUAUGGAGCUCAUGGUCUCAGGACGAGCGACCGGGACGAUUACCUGAAAGAGCUCUUUGCAACUGCCAAUCACUAUCACUUCCUGCACAGCCUGGCAUUACUGGCAGUACCACACUGUCGCCGCCCACUGCUGGCCGGCUCAUUGCUGACAUCGGGAUUGGUUCUUUUCAGUGGAACGUUCUAUUAUCAGGCUCUGACGGGGGACCCCACUCUGACCAAAGCGGCACCUCUGGGUGGCAUCUUACUGAUUUGUGGAUGGGCAGCUCUGGCAUUGUGAUGGCCAAUCAGCUGCUCUGUGGGGGAGGGAGGAACAGAAAAGGGGGUGCUACAGUGGUCUCCCCAGGAAUCCUCUUCCCCAAGCACAAGCACUGUAUCACUCUCACUUGUAAUUAAAGGGAAAGUUUUGUGUA